AGACGUUCUAGUAGUAUCCUGUACUUUGUAGAGCAAACAACAAGAAGUCAUAAGUAUUUAUUGAAAUAGCACAGCUUUUAGAAACUUCAAUGGAUCGAUAUUGUUUAAACAAAGUGACUACCAUUUUACUGUUGGUUGCUAUUUUCUGUAUCAUUUCGCCUUCCAUGGCUACAUACAGAAAACCACCUUUUAAUGGGUCCAUUUUUGGUAAAAGAUCCGGUAUAGGAAGCAAUGAAUACGACUCUGCUAGCAAGGCUCUAUCCGCUAUGUGUGAAAUAGCGAACGAGGCAUGCCAAUCCUGGUUUCCAUCACAAGAAAAAUAAUAAUUCAAACAAAAUACAUCUACCUAACUUACCCAAUGACUACAAUAACUGAAAAUUUUAUAUAACUAUAUGAAAUAAAGAAGC